AUGGUUUUUGGUCUGGCGUUCAACGUGUUAAAAGAUAACGAGGAAAAACGCAAAGCAUUGGCAUGGCCCGAUCUUGCCAACCAAGUCAGGCCCGGUCCCGGCAACCAACCCUGGUCAAGUCCCGGCACCCAAGCCUGGCCCAUCGUUAUCCUUCCAGACUUCUACCAAGACUGGGCCAAGCCCGGCUCAGUCCCGGCAACCAAACCUGGCCCAGUCCCGGUAACCAAACCUGGCCCAGUACCGGCACCCAAGCCUGGCCCAUCGUUAUCAUUCCAGACUUUACCAAGACUGGACCAAGCCUGGCUUACACGUCUGGCCCAGUCUCGACAACCAAGCCUGGCCCAGUCCCGGCAACCUAGCCUGGCCCAGUCUCGGCGACCAAGCCUGGCCCAGGCCUGGCCCAUCGUUAUCAUCCCAGAGUUCUACCAAUACUGGGACAAGCCUGGUUUGCAGGCUUGGCCCAGUCCUGGCGAUCAAGCCUGGCCCAGUCCCGGCGACCAAGCCUGGCCCAGGCCUGGCCCAUCGUUAUCAUCCCAGACUUCUACCAAUACUGGGACAAGCCUGGCUUGCAGGCUUGGCCCAGUCCUGGCGAUCAAGCCUGGCCCAGUCCUGGCGAUCAAGCCUGGCCCAGUCCCGGUGGCCAUGCCUGGCCCAGUCCCGGCGACCAAGCCUGGCCCAGGCUUGGCCCAUCGUUAUCAUCCCAGACUUCUACCAAUACUGGGACAAGCCCGGCUUGCAGGCUUGGCCCAGAGUUUUACAUAG